CGAGGGUCUGUGGAGACUGGAGCUGGGCAGGAGGGACUGAGGAGUAGGCGUAGACUUGGCAGAGCGGCUCUCACAGGAAUCCCUGCUGUCUCCGGACAGCUGAGGAGCGCUGGGGACCUGGGUCGUAGAUGUGGCGGCGGCCGCGUCGCCUGGUGGUGUGAUCCCACUGCGGGUGUAGAUCCGCGUGGAAAGUAGGUCCCAGAGCCUGGUCUUGAGGAGAAGGGCGGCGGAGCGGAGCCAGUAGGAGGCCGAGCUUCUGAGGGGACUGAGAGUGUGUCCCGGUGCGGGAGAAGAGCACGGCCCCGGGCAGCAGCGCUGCGCGCCCGCCGGGGCGUUUUUCCAUGUUCGACAGCGCUGCUCUGAGCCCUGCAGGUCUUCUGGGUCUCGCCGUGCUGAGUGGAAAUGCCCCGCGUCAGCCAGGCGGCCCUAGCCUGCUCCCCGCUCCCUGAACCCUCGGGAGGACCGCAGGGCUGUGGCCGAAAGACUGUGAUUUGGACCUAGUGAAAGGACGCCGACCCUUUGCCCUAGCUAUGGACCCUACAGCAUCAGCUCUCCCUUCUCAGGACCCUGUUCUUCCUCCAGAGAGAUUCCCAGGAGAAAAGGGAACAACCAGUUUAUUCCUGAAAGCCAGGCCCCAGGACCUGAUGACAUUUGAGGAUGUGACUGUGGAAUUUACCCCGUGGGAGUGGGGGCAGCUGGACCCUGCUCAGAAGGACCUGUACAGGGAGGUGAUGCUGGAGAACUUCAGGAACCUGGCCUCCCUAGGGCUUCCAGUGUCCAAACCACAUGUGAUCUGCCAGUUGGAGGAAGGGGAAGAGCCCUGCGUAUUGGAGAGAGAAAUCUCAGUAGGUGCCCAGUCAGACUUAAAGAGGAGGCCUAAAGCCAAGGAAUCAAUUCCAAAUCAGGGAAUUUCCAAAGAAGAAUUAUUCCAAGUGGCAUCAGUGGAAAAACACAUUCAAGAUGAGCUCUGGUCCUCCAAACUGAAAGCAAUGUGUGGUCAUGAUGACCAGUUAGAGAUGCAGCAGAUAAAACAGGAAAGACCCCUGAAAAAAAUGUCAACCACUCACAAAUCUUCUACCAAUCUUAGGAGAGAUGAGUGGAGUGAAUUUGGGAGAAGUUUAGGCUUAAGAUCUGUCUUUGUUAAGCAACACAGUGUUCCCAUGGGAGAAGGAUCCUAUAAAUGUGAUACAGAAUUCAUACAGACUUCAGGGGGUAAUAACUCUCAGAGAACCCAUCCAGAGAAGAAAUCUUGUAAAUGUAAUGAAUGUGGGAAGUGCUUCCAUUUCCAAUCAGAACUUCGGCGCCAUCAGCGAUGUCACACUGGAGAAAAGCCCUAUGAAUGCAGUGAAUGUGGAAGAGCUUUUGGUCAUAUUUCAUCCCUUAUUAAACAUCAGAGAACUCAUACUGGAGAAAAGCCCUAUGAAUGCAGUGAAUGUGGGAGAGCCUUCAGUCAGAGUUCAUCUCUCGUUCUACAUUAUAGAUUUCACACUGGAGAGAAACCCUACAAAUGUAAUGAAUGUGGGCGAGCCUUUGGUCAUACUUCAUCUCUUAUUAAACAUCAGAGGACUCAUACUGGAGAAAAGCCCUAUGAAUGUAGGGAAUGUGGGAGAACCUUUAGCCAGAGCUCUUCUCUCAUUGUGCAUUAUCGAUUUCAUACUGGAGAGAAACCUUACAAAUGUAAUAAAUGUGGGAGAGCUUUCAGCCAGAGUUCAUCUCUCACCCAACAUUAUAGAUUUCAUACUGGAGAGAAACCCUAUAAAUGUAAUGAGUGUGGAAGGGCCUUUGCUCACACCGCAUCCCUUAUUAAGCAUCAAAAAAGUCAUGAUGGAAAAAAAAGCCUAUGAAUUCAGUGAAUGUAGAAGGGCUUUCAGCUGGAGUAUACACAUUACCAAACCUCAGAGAAUUCAUAUUGGAGAGAGAUGCUAAAAGUGUAAUGUAUGUGGGAAGACCUUUGGUCAGAGGGCACAUCUUGUUCCACAUCAGACAGUACAUACUAAAGAGAAGCCCUGUCGAUUUCAAGAGAGAAGGUGGGAUUUCAGACAUACCCACUCUCUCACCAAACACGGGAGAAUCCAUACUAAUGAGAAACCAUGUGAAUGUAAUGAAUGUGGAAAGGCUUCAGUCAGAGAGGAUGCAUGUCAUUCAGCAUCAGACAAUUUAUACUUGGGAGACUUAUCAAUGUACUGAGUAUGGCAAGCCUUCAGUCACACACUGUUCCUUUGAAAAAUCAGAUAGCUCAUACUGGAGAGAAAUUCUGCAGGCAUG